CUUCGUUCCGGCUCCGCCUUCCCCGCCGCGGCCGCGCCAUGGUGCUGGAGUCGGUGGUCGCAGACCUGCUGAACCGCUUCCUGGGGGACUACGUGGAGAACCUUGACAAGUCGCAGCUGAAGCUGGGCAUCUGGGGCGGCAAUGUGGCUUUAGAUAAUCUACAGAUAAAAGAAAAUGCUCUGAGUGAAUUCGACGUUCCUUUUAAAGUCAAGGCUGGGCAAAUUGGUAAAUUAGCUUUGAAGAUUCCUUGGAAAAACCUUUAUGGAGAAGCAGUUGUUGCAACUCUAGAGGGAUUGUAUCUGCUUGUUGUCCCUGGAGCAAGUAUUAAGUAUGAUGCUGAGAAAGAAGAAAAAUCCUUGUAGGAUGUUAAACAGAAAGAGCUUUCCCGAAUUGAAGAAGCCCUUCAAAAAGCAGCAGAGAAGGAUAAGCCUAAGGAAGCAAAAAAGGAUACAUUUUUGGAAAAAUUGGCAACUCAAAUAAUAAAAAUGUACAAGUGAAAAUCACAGACAUUCACAUUAAAUAUGAAAAUGAUGUCACUGAUCCGGAGCGGCCGCUCUCAUUUGGUGUUACCCUGGGGGAGCCUUAGUCUACUGACUACAAACGAGAAUUGGACUCCAUGCAUAUUAAAUGAAGCAGAAAAAAUUAUAUACAAGCUAAUCCGACUGGAUAGUCUCAGUGCUUACUGGAAUGUGAACUGCCGCCUGUCCUACCAGGGGUCCCGAGAACAGAUCUUGGAUCAACUGAAAAAUGAAAUUCUUACCAAGUAGACAGAGACCUCCAAACCAUCAAUACAUUUUCCAGCCAAUAUCAGCCUCUGCAAAACUCUACAUGAAUCCUCAUGCAGAAGUAGAACUCAAAACUCCCAAAUUAGAUUGGAGCAUAGAAGUGCAGAAUAUUGCCAUUGAGCUGACCAAGCCCCAGUACUUAAGUAUGAUUGACCUUUUGGAAUCAUUGGAUUAUAUGGUUAGAAAUGUACGUUAUAGGAAAUAUAAACCUAAUUUACCGCUUCAUACCAAUUGUAGGCAAUGGUGGAAGUAUGCCAUUGAUUCAGUUCUUGAAGUUCAUAUAAGAAGAUGUACACAGAUGUGGUCAUGGUGUAACAUAAAGAAGCAUAGAGAGUUACUCAAGAGUUAUAAAAUCGCUUACAAGAAUAAGCUAACUCAGACUAAACUCUCGGAAGAAAUCCAGAAACAAAUUCAGGACCUGGAGAAGACUUUAGAUGUUUUUAACAUAAUUUUAGCAAGGCAACAAGCACAAGUCGAGGUGAUUCGAUCUGGGCAGAAACUAAUGAAGAAAUCCACUGACACAGGGGAGAAAUGGGGAGGCUGGUUUAGUGGGUUUGGGGGUAAGAAGGAGUCUAAGAAAGGUGAAGAAUCAUUGAUUCCUGAAACUAUUGAUGAUCUUAUGACCCCUGAGGAGAAGGACAAACUAUUCACUGCUAUUGGUUACAGCGGGAGCAUGCGUCACUUGACUUUGCCCAAGAAGUAUGUUGCCUAUAUAAUGACCUUGAAGUUGGUAAGCACUUCUAUUGUAAUCAGAGAAAACAAAAAUAUUCCUGAAAUCCUAAAAAUCCAGAUCAUUGGCCUGGGCACCCAAGUAUGCCAGCGACCAGGAGCGCAAGCCCUUAAGGUAGAAGCAAAGUUAGAACACUGGUAUAUCACAGGUCUGAGACAGCAGGAUACUGUGCCAUCCCUUGUGGCUUCCAUUGGUGACACUGCAUCAUCCUUGCUUAAAAUUGAGUUUGAAACCAAUCCAGAGAACAGCCUUGCUGACCAGACGCUGACCGUCCAGUCCCAGCCCGUGGAGGUCAUCUACGAUGCUAAAACCAUCAAUGCAGUGGUUGAUUUCUUUCAGUCAAAUAGGGGAUUGGAUCUUGAGCAAAUAACAUCAGCUACUUUGAUGAAGCUGGAAGAAAUUAAAGAGAGAACAGCUACUGGACUUACACAUAUAAUUGAGACUCGAAAAGUUCUUGAUUUAAGGAUAAAUCUGAAGCCUUCUUAUCUAAUAGUUCCACAGACAGGCUUCCACCAUGAAAAGUCAAAUCUUCUCAUUUUAGAUUUUGGUACAUUUCAGCUCAACAGUAAAAGUCAAGGUCUACAGAAGACUACCAGUUCAUCUUUGGAAGAAAUAAUGGAUAAAGCAUAUGACAAGUUUGAUGUUGAAAUAAAGAGUGUGCAACUACUCUUUGCAAGAGCGGGGGAAAACUGGAAGAAGUGUCGUUUUCAGCACCCGUCCACUAUGCAUAUACUGCAGCCCAUGGAUAUUCAUGUGGAGCUAGGCAAGGCGAUGGUAGAGAAGGACACGAGAAUGGCCAGAUUUAAAGCAUCAGGAGGACUUCCUUUGAUGCAUGUGAGGAUUUCAGACCAGAAGAUGAAAGAUGUGCUGUGUUUGAUUAACAGUAUACCUUUGCCACAGAAAUCAUCAACUCAAUCUCCAGAGAGACAGGUAUAGUCAGUUCCUGUUGCUUCAAGUGGGACAGAAGUUCUCCUUGGUACUUCAUUAUUGCUGAGUGAAAUGGAUUCAGAGUCUGACGAUGAGUAUUUCGACGCUGAAGACGGUGCCUCCCAGGUGCCUAGAGGUGCGCCAGGCUCCGAACCCCGAAAGGCUGCGGAGGUUCCGAACGAGGCCCUCAUUAAUCUUCUGCUCAAGUUUGAAGUUAAAGAAGUAAUUUUGGAAUUUACUAAACAACAGAAAGAAGAAGAUACAAUUCUAGUAUUUAAUGUUACUCAGUUAGGAACAGAGGCCACAGUGAGAACUUUCGACCUAACUGUGGUGUCUUAUUUAAAGAAGAUCAGCUUGGAUUACCAGGAAAUUCAAGG